AUGCGCUUCUCUGUUGCCUGCUCCGUGGCCUUUGUCACCUCCCUGGCCUCCGCCAACCCUCUCAUCAACCGCGACCAGGGCGGCUGGGCGUUCCACGAGUCGAUGCCCCUCGUCACUCGCCAGGACGUCCCGGCGCCCGGCACUCCCGCCUACCUCUGCCACGAAAACUGCGGUACUUCAAUCACUCUGUCCCGCGAGGCUGACUACUGUACAAACUACCAGUGGAUCGCUCGUUACGAUGCUUGCCUGCAGUGCGCCAACGCCCAGAACGUCUGGCGGUACUACGGAAACUCUGUCACUGCUGCAGCUGCUGCCUGUGGUUUCACCGCUGUGCCCGUUUAG